GUUGGAAGCGCUGAGCCGGGCUUCAGCUUCUCAUUUGCCUGGGUAGCGAGAGGGCUGAGUGGGGUCGGAGCAGGUGACUGCGAGCUGUUGGUCCCAUCCUCCCUACCUGAGGGGAAAGAAAGCGAUCGGAGUGGGGGAGUAGGUCACACAGGCGAGACAGCGAGCUCAGAAACCGUGCAUGAGGAGAAAGGAGGGCGUGUGUUGGUUUGCGAGGUGACAGGACAGUCGGGGAAGCUGCUGCGAGCUCCGCUCACUCACUCACUCACUCGUUGCCGCUAGACCAGCGAGGGACUGCGUUCAGGGAGAAGCGUCUCCAAGCCUUGUCUCGGCGCAGGGACAAGCAGGGAUCGGAAGGAAGGCGGGGGUUGUCCACUCUUGGAGCCAGCGUUGCCCCGGCCAGGUGGUGUCCACCGUGCGGGGGAUCGGCGAGCAGCUUGAACACCGGAGACAGCAGCCACCGCCGUCGUUAUGGCUUCGACUACAACCUGCACCAGGUUCACGGAUGAAUACCAGCUCUUCGAGGAACUUGGAAAGGGAGCAUUCUCGGUGGUGAGGCGAUGCAUGAAAAUCUCGACGGGACAGGAGUAUGCUGCCAAAAUCAUUAAUACCAAAAAGCUCUCUGCCAGGGAUCACCAGAAGUUGGAGAGAGAGGCUCGUAUUUGUCGACUGUUAAAGCAUCCCAAUAUUGUCCGGCUUCAUGACAGCAUAUCAGAAGAAGGGUACCAUUAUCUAGUGUUUGAUCUAGUGACUGGAGGAGAAUUAUUUGAAGACAUUGUUGCCAGAGAGUACUACAGUGAAGCAGAUGCCAGUCAUUGUAUACAGCAGAUACUAGAAAGUGUAAAUCAUUGUCACCUUAAUGGCAUAGUUCACAGGGACCUGAAGCCAGAGAAUUUGCUCCUAGCUAGCAAAAUGAAGGGAGCAGCUGUGAAGCUGGCAGAUUUUGGAUUAGCAAUUGAAGUCCAAGGAGACCAGCAGGCAUGGUUUGGAUUUGCUGGUACACCAGGAUACCUUUCUCCUGAAGUAUUAAGAAAGGAUCCAUAUGGAAAGCCAGUUGACAUGUGGGCUUGUGGUGUUAUUCUGUACAUACUGCUGGUUGGUUACCCUCCUUUCUGGGAUGAAGAUCAGCAUAGACUGUACCAACAGAUCAAAGCUGGUGCUUAUGAUUUCCCUUCACCAGAGUGGGACACAGUCACUCCAGAAGCUAAGGAUCUUAUCAACAAAAUGUUAACCAUCAAUCCUGCCAAACGGAUCACAGCCUCAGAAGCCCUGAAACAUCCAUGGAUUUGUCAACGAUCAACUGUUGCUUCAUGCAUGCACAGACAGGAGACUGUGGAAUGCCUCAAGAAAUUCAACGCUAGAAGAAAACUGAAGGGUGCUAUUCUCACAACAAUGCUGGCCACACGGAACUUCUCAGCAGCAAAGAGUUUGAUGAAUAAGAAGACAGAUGGAGUUAAGAAAAGGAAGUCCAGUUCGAGUGUUCAGAUGAUGAUAAACAACAAAGCCAACGUAGUAACCAGCCCAAAAGAACCCAUACCUACCCCGGCGCUGGAGCCCCAAACUACUGUAAUCCACAAUCCUGCUGAUGGAAAUAAGGAAUCUUCAGAAAGUACCAACACUACCAUUGAAGAUGAAGAUGUGAAAGCUCGCAAGCAAGAAAUUAUCAAAGUUACAGAGCAGCUAAUUGAAGCCAUUAACAAUGGAGAUUUUGAAGCCUACACGAAGAUUUGUGAUCCAGGGCUCACUGCAUUUGAGCCUGAAGCACUUGGUAACUUGGUUGAAGGAAUGGACUUUCAUAGAUUCUACUUUGAAAAUGCUUUGUCUAAGAAUCAGAAGCCAAUUCAUACCAUCAUAUUGAACCCCCACGUCCACUUGAUUGGUGAUGAUGCAGCCUGCAUAGCGUACAUCCGCCUCACUCAGUACAUUGAUGGCAGCAGCAUGCCGAAAACCAUGCAGACCGAGGAAACCAGAGUCUGGCAUCGCCGGGAUGGGAAGUGGCAAAAUGUUCAUUUCCACCGCUCAGGAUCCCCAUCUAUACCUAUCAACUAAAAGAAAUGGUGCCACUGCUGGAUUCACAGCACUGAUUAUGGACUGGAAGAUAACAAUCAUACUAUAGGCACUUCCAGUCUAUUUUAACGCAUGUUUCUGAAUGCAUGAAGCUCUGACGGUGCACUUGUGACAUGUCCUUUGCUGUUAAUUCUGUAAAUUUUUGUUUGCACUUCAUAGGAAGAAAUGUUACAUACAGAAUGAAACCAAAGGAAGGAAAAAUGUUGAGAGUACUUUUUAAUCCUUUAUUUAUGCCAGGUUUCUUAACUUGAUAUAAUUGUAAACGUCUAAAUAAAAACCUAUUUUUUUCUGGAUUUCAAGUAUUUUAAAAACUAAUGUACCCCUUAAUCAUUAUAAGAAAACAGUGUAAGUGGCACAUAUUCUUAUUCUCUUACUGUAGAAAUACUUUUAUAAAAAAUAUAGAAGGGGAUCUCCUUAAGGUGGCAGGGCACGUAUCUACUUACUUCCAAAAUUUGUUUUACAAACUGGAGUUAUCCAGUUAGGGCUGGCUGUAUCAGCCUGAAGGAACACCUACUGAAGUAGCUGAACAGCCAUUUCAUUCAUUGUUUUAUUUCCAGCUGUAUGGAAAAUUAUCUUACAAACAAGUAAAUUUUAAUGUGCUAGUUCUAUAACUAACCUUUUAUUUGUUGUAUUUCACACAGUGUCAGUGUCUAGGAUCAUUUUCAAGUUGAUACUUCAUUUUUAUUCACUCUGGGUGCAAUACAUUUCAGACAAUCAAGCUUGAUUUAUAUGGUGAUGUGCGGAUCGUGAUUUGAGUCAAAUGCUUAUUGCUUUGGUGGAAAUAGGAUUAGAAUUUUGUGAACUAUGUUAACCUGCUUAUUGGUAGUUACUCAUAGUAUCAGAUUUAAUAAAAAAAACCACAGGGCAGUUGAAUUUAAACACCAAAUAUAGUGGAUCUCUGUGAUUAACAUGCAUCAUUUAUCUAAGAACUUCCUCGCCUGGGCAGCUGAUCAAACAGACGUAUCAUUUUUAAUUUUUUUUCUCCUAAGAACACGGGAAUUGUUGCUCUUGAGGUCAUCAGUGAUUAAUUGCUUAUUGAUACUUUGUAAACUGGAUUUUUGCUUCUGCUUCCGUAUACUUGUGAAAUGUUCUUGUAAAGAUUCAAGUUACCAGAUAUAUAUCCCUUUUUAAGAAGGGCAGUUCCUCCUUGUUUCUUUGCUGCUUCUAUACUUAAGAGGAUUAUACAACAAUGCAUGUUAUCUCAAUUGGUGUUUUCUGUGAUUGUUGGCAGCCAUGACUUGCAUUCAGUGAUUAAUUCCUGGCAGAAUUAAUUUAUUUGUAUUAUUUCUUCUUGCGUGUUCAUUCGUCACCUCAAAAUUUAAUAUGCUUAGCUGCUGUUGCUGGUAAAAUAGAUGGCAAUAAAGUGUACCCAUUACCCAUGGAUUCAGAAAUUGUGUUUAAAUGAGCAUGUAUGUUUAUGCGCCAUAUUAAUCUGCCAAUAAGUUCUAUGGAAAAAUAGGGAAAACCUUUAUUUUCUUGGUGACUGGCUGUAGUAACAUUGCAGUAUAAAAAUCUAUAUGUAUUAUCUCAAAAUUUUAAUACCACAUCGCAAGCAAGUCUGUCUUCCACACCAGUUCUGAAGAGCGGUGAUUGUUUUUUUCCACCACAAUUGAAAUGAUACUUGGGUUAUGUCACUCUGCAAAGCUGCUGUUUAUCAUGGAACACAGUGUACAGGAUUCUUGCCAUAAUGGUAACUGAUUGAUCUGUUAAAACAAAAUAAAUUUGUGAUUAUUUCUCCUGA